UUCAGUUCAACCCUUGCCACCUCCUCGAACGCUUUAUCAUCCCUGACAAAACCAUACUGGGACGUGUACGAGUUUUCAGCAAGAAUUCUUAUACUUAGGUGAUGCCGAACACUUUUUAAGUUCACAUAUAUUCGUAACAAAACAUGGAGUGGCUUGUAACAAACAUUCCCCAGGUUUCUAACAAUUUUGCUUCUCUUGGCUCACAAGUCGGCGAUCAAUAUUUAAUCAGCCCUGAAUGCCAAAAUAUCUUGGAUGAGGUGCUGCAAAAAUUAUCUCUCGAGGAUAGGACAUUAAGAACAUUUAGAAGGGCGAUUGGUUUCUCGCAAAUCAUCAAAAAGGAUUUACUGCCUCUAUUAAUAAAUGUAAAAGAUGAAAGGAAUAUAACAAAUACAACAUUAAAGAUUUUAGCUAACCUUACAACCCCAGUAGAAUGCCUCCUUCCAAUAGAAGUAAUGUCAAAAACUGAAGCUGGAAGGAAUACAAUUAUUGAACUGAAUUGGCUUUUGUUUUCUUGUAAAGAAAUUUUCUUAGAUCCAAGAUCGACACGGCGGAUUAUUGAUCAUAUCAGGGAUAUAAUGGAGAAGGGCGACAAGAUGACGCAAGUCGAUAACGAAUCACUGAAAGAUAGCAUGGUCUUGUUGAGGAAUAUUCUCCACAUACCCGACCUUAGAAUGAGCAGCAAUGGGUCAUCUCACCAAAAUCAAAUUCUCUGGAAUUUAUUCGCCCAAAACAUAGAUAAGAUUUUGAUCGAUUUAAUGACAGGUACAAAUCAUGGGGAGUGGAGGCUGGCCAUGGUCCAGUUAGUUUCUUUGCUCUACAAAGAUCAACACGUCGCUACAUUACAGAAACUUCUCAAUACAUGGUUUGAAACAUCGGUUAUGAGCGAGAGUUCGGAAGACAACGAGAGCAAUACAUCACCUCCUGAAAGAGGAUCGGGGGAUUCGUCGUCGAUGGUAACAUCAGAUCCAACGUCUGAUUCUUCUGAUAACAGUAUCAGCGAUAGGAAAAACGAUGGGGAGUUCAAAGGGCAAAAAAUGGUUCAUAAUUCAACCAAAAAAGGGCAAACAGGUGGAAGAAAGCAAUCUACAAAACAGCAAAAUAGUAAAAAGAAUGAGCAGUUCUCUGAAACCAAAACAAUUAGAAGAUCGGAUGACUCAAAGUUGGAAUGCACCUCUUCUGAAGUAUCGGAUUGUGGUUAUGGGACACAGGUUGAAAAUCAAGAGUCGGUGUCGACAUCCAGUAAUGAAGAAGAUUCACCAAACAGGGGUGUAAAACCGGUUCAUCAGAAGCCAGGGAACAUGUUGCAGAAAAGUCGUUUCAAGGAUGGCAAGCCUACACUGACACCACAAGAAAAGGAAGAAAUGAGACGUAAAAAGUUGAUGAAAAGAAGCCGAACCAAUGUUGUGAACAUGAAGGCACUUUUACACCAUACACCAACAGACGAGGACAUAUCACAGUUAUUAAAAGAGUUCACUGUCGACUUCCUCCUCAAAGGCUACAGCUCACUUGUGUCAGACUUAAGGGAGCAACUUUUGUACAAUUCACAGGUCAACCUCUACAUAGACACAUCGCAUUUUUUUUGGCUUGUCACCUACUUUCUCAAAUUCGCAGUGCAGCUAGAAAUCGACCUCGAACAUAUAAGUUCUGUCCUCUCGUUCAAAAUUGUGUCAUUUCUAACCUUCGAAGGAGUCGGCCUAUGCGAACAAUUCGAACUCACGAAACUGCACUCUGAGUACGAUAUGGCACCAUGUCUGAGACGAACGCACUUGGUCGUUACUGCUAUAAGGGAAUUGAUACAAACAAUUAAUUCAUACAAAAAAAUCAAACAUCUAAACGAUAAUGAUAAGCAAAAACUGACAAAACUCCAAAGACAAAUAUGCGAGACCGAAGAACUUCGGUGUUUAUUUGUUUUGUUACUCCGUCAGUUUAACCCAAGCCUUCAUAGUAUUCAGUAUCUGCAAGACGUUAUCGUCACGAACCACUUGCUAUUGUCUUUUAUAGAAAGUUGUUCUCUUCCAAAUAUCAGCACCAUACUCCAAAAGCACAUGAGGCAAUUUGUCGCUGUUGACAUGAUGAAACAGUACGGCCACCUUCUGGAAUGUUUCCAACAGAACGGACAGUUUGUCAACGAUUGCGUUUUUACGAUGAUGCAUCACGUCGCAGGUGAUCUCGAAUGUGUGACUGUUCUAUUCCAGCCAAACAUUUUAAAAACAUUCAGUCAAAUUUGGGAAACAGAUUUUGAAUUGUGCGAUGACUGGUCAGAUUUAAUUGAAUACGUAAUUCACAAAUUCAUAAACAUGCCAAGAACAAUUUCAAUUGUACCAGAGAAAAAAGACACCAGCAAUACCACUGUGCCUGCCCUCAAAGUGCAAGAGUGGUCCCAGGAGGACUGCGACUGUCUGUAUUGGUAUUACGUGCAAAGCGCUAAUGGAAGAGAUCCAGUCGGCGAUGUUAUCAAAUUGUACAGUGCGAGUGGUGUCACUAAUAAAACAAGAAUUGGGGUCAUAGAGCAACUUCUGAAACAAGAUGUCAUCACCGGCAUUCAAUAUAACGAGCUCAUGGAAAAGGAACCGAUAACGAUUACAGAUCUACCAUCGAACCUGUUUCAAUCUGGAGCAGCAAGUAAGGAUGAAAUCGAGUUAUUAAAAGAUCAUUUAAAAAGGGAAAACAAAUUUAGUUUUGUCAUCUGGGUGCAGAAAGUCCUUCUUGAGGCUUGCCAUGCAAAACUAAGCAUGAUGAACAAGUCCAGGCAUAUUGUUGAACCAGUACCAUAUUACUGUACAUGGGGUUGUAUAGUGUUGCAGGAGCCAAUUCCAGUCGUGGCAUGGAGCUGUGAACAAUGUUCGAUAAUGCAGAGCCAGGCUUUUCUGCUCUUGCUCCACAAGCUCGGGCUUCACCUCCCAGCAGACGCUGGGAAAGUAUUCGCCAGGAUCCCACAGUCAUGGAGCCCCGAUACGCUCUACAGCAUCGCCUGCAAGCUCGGCCCCUUACAGCCAGAUUGGGUUAAGUUCAAUGUUGCAGACCUCAUUGAGAUAAAGAAGAACAAGGAAAUGCAACAGCACAGUUUCACAGCUGGUACUGAACACUCUCCUCCUUAUAUAUCGUGUACACCAAGACCCAACUCGAGCACCUCUUGGAGCAAUGAGUUUGCAAAUAUUAACAUGGAGUACGAGACAACAAUGAACAGUCCAGAAUGAAGAAUUUUCUACAACUCUAGAGGCUUCUAUAUAUGAUUGAUUCAUCAUCGCAUUCCGAUAAUGCAUGUGGGGCUGUUCAGCCCUUUCUAAGACAUAGCUCGUCUUCCAAAUGUGAAAGAGAAAGAUUAUUAACACUAAUUUCAGGCCUUUUGAGAGUGCCACCAGUGCAUCAUGCUACUGUUGGCACUAAGGCCAAUGAUUGAAAGUGAUCAGAUUCAGAUUUAGUGAUUACUGCUGAUGAUCAAUUUUUCAAAUAAUUGGAAUUAAUACUCUAGUAUGAUUAAUUUGAUCAUUUUUACAAUUAUUACACUUUUCGAAAGUUAAAAAAAAAUAGAUUUCAUUUCAUCUGCUCAAAUAUAAACAGUAAUUUGUAAAACUGUACUUCUUUUAUAUUGUAUUUUUUUAAUUUUUUGUUAACUUUCUCAAUAAGUAGUUUUAACACCUUAAAAAAGUUUAACUGUGAUAUAAAUUUUUUUUGUUUUUAAUCCUCCUAUUGAUAUUUAUAUGAGGCAAAUUUAUUUAAAGCAUUAAAAAAGUGAAAUAUUUUUAAAAUGCAAUUUAAAAAUUUAUUUUAAUACAGAUUAAGAUUUGUUAAUUCUGCUAGCAGAAAUAUAGAUGAUAAUAAAGUUAGGAUUUAUAUUUAUGAUACUCUAUGAUAAUAUGUUUUUAUAAGAUAGUAUAUAUAAGUUUUGGUAAUGCAUCAUUAAUCAUAAAAAUGUUAAUGAAUGGCUUUCCUGUGUUUUUUAAUAGCCCUAAGGGUUUAUUUCUAAAGGUCUUUAAGUUUACUGUCUGUGCACUCUUAUCAUUUGUGAAAAACUUUUGCAUUUUGAGCAAUUUUUGUUUAAGUCAAAAUUCUCAUUCAAAAGUUGAUUUAAAAAAUAAAUAAAUAAUUACAAAUAAAAGUGUAUGAAGCUGCACUUUUUGUUUGCAUUUUCAUUUUGUUAAGGAUGAAUGGCAUAAACCAUUUGAAAGACCCAUUAUUUGUAUAACUCUUUAUUGAUGUUGAGUAUGUUUUGUAAAACUUGUGAUUAGAUCUUAAGUGGCAAACAAUUUUACCAUGAAACAAUUUGUAGAUUUAUCAAAAGUUAAUAAAUUAACAGUGAGACUUA